AUGGUAACAAAUUUUAAUCCAAAUGCCCCAGAAUACACUGGGAUAGGGGCAAAGGUAGAAAGUGUCAAGGGGGAUGGUGCAGCCAUGUCUAACAUGACUCAAAUGUUCAACGCUUUGGACUUAGUGAUGAACAUGCCAAAGCCGGAAAUGAAAGUAUUCGAUGGUAACCCAUUAGAUUAUUGUGCCUUCAUUUCCAGCUUUGACGCCACUGUAGCUUCUAAGAUAAGUGAUGAUAGGGCUAAGCUAACGUAUUUAAUACAAGACUGUAGCAGUAAGGCUAAGGAUAGCAUUGAAAAUUGUGUCUUCCUAGGGCCCCAGACCGGAUACCAAAAGGCAAGGGAUAUUCUAGAAAAUCAAUUUGGGCAGCCAUACACGGUUGCCACUGCUCACAUGAAAAAGGUGCUAAGUCGUCAGCCCAUCAGACCAAAUGACGGUGAAGCACUAUGGGACCUUGCUCGCGGCAUGAGGAAAUGUCAGAUGGUUUUGUCGCAAGGAAAUUAUCGAGCCGACAUGGAUAGCACAUAA